GGGGUCAGCAUGUACGCAAAUCAGCUUCGAUUGGUACAAGCCCUCCGCGUCGUCGACUGGCCGUGUGACUGAAACAGUCUAUCGGGCUACUCAAAAUGCGCUAUUUAGGCAAGUUGCCGACUCUAAGAAUAAUUCCGCGGUCUGGGCCAGGAUUGCUACAGGGCCUAACGACCACGCGAACACCAGUUUGUAUGAGAGCAAUGUGCAUGGGCACAGAUCAAAAGAAAACGAUUUGCAGCCUUCUUCGGGCUCGUCGAAAAAUGUUACAUAUUCUUUCAAAGGAGCUGAUGCUUCAAAUGGUAACUGUGACGUAUUCCAGAAAAACGGUGGGCAUGAGGGUGACAG